AGUGCAUCGCGGACAAAGGGAAUAUGGGUGCGCUGGAGAGGAUUCACCUCAGCCGGGUAAUACAAUGGAAGAGCCGCGUGUGUGUCAUUUACCGGGAGACCGAUUAGCCCUAUUUGAUGAGGUGCUGGGGUGCAAGAUACUGCAAACUAAAAAGGCGGAAGGCUUCGUUUAAACCGUCUGCGGAUCUUGCGAGCUUGCAAUGGCUGUGUCGGGGAUAUGCAAGUGGAAAGGAAAAACUGUGCCUUUAUAUUUUUUGAUAUUGUCCUUAUUGUGUGGUCUUUCGUUUGGACAAUUGCGAUAUUCGAUUUCGGAAGAACUAGAAAACGGGGCACUGGUCGGGGAUCUGGCGCAUGACUUGGGGCUGGAUAUUCGAAAGCUCGCCAGUCGAAAAAUUAAGGUAACCUCUCACAGCGGGAAACGGUACGUGAUUGUCAAUCCCAAAAAUGGGAAGCUACUUGUCAAUGAAAGGAUCGACAGAGAGGCGAUGUGCGAUUCAUCCAACACCUGCCUCAUCAAUCUGGAGUUGAUGGUUGAAAACCCCACCGAGGUGCACCAUGUUGUGGUGGAUAUUGUGGACGUUAAUGACAAUGCGCCGCAGUUCCCCAGUGAUGAGUAUCAAGUGGAAAUCACGGAAUCGGCUUUACCGGGGUCUCGUUACCCAAUUGAAAAUGCUCAGGACUCAGACAUCGGGUCCAAUUCAGUUCGUAUGUAUCAGCUCAGCACAAACGACCAUUUCGCGCUGGUAUCUAACAAACCCUCCCUAAACACGAAGCACAUCGAGCUUGUGCUCAAGAAGCCCGUUGAUCGUGAACAGACGCCUUACCACCAAAUCAUUUUAAGUGCUGUGGAUGGUGGGUCGCCGGAAAAAACGGGCACGGCCAAAAUCAAUAUCCGGGUGCUGGACUCGAAUGACAAUGUCCCCAUGUUCGACAGCUCGGUGUACAAGGUGAAGCUGUUGGAAAAUUCUCCCAAAGACACCCUGGUGAUAAAGCUGAAGGCGACUGAUCUGGAUGAGGGCACAAAUGGAGAGAUUUAUUACUCGUUCAGCAGCUACACUCCCGAGAGAGUGAGGCAGAUGUUCAGCAUGGACACAAACACUGGAGAAAUAAGAGUGAGGAACAACGUUGAUUACGAGGAGACUAAUUCCUACGAGAUGUACAUUCAGGCGAUGGACAAGGGCCCCGGGGCCGUGGCGGCACACUGCAAGGUAGUGAUAGAGGUGGUGGAUGUGAACGACAACGUCCCUCAGAUAGUGCUCUCAUCCCUAUCCAGCCCCGUGAGGGAGGAUGCCCGUGCAGACACAGUCGUGGCCCUCAUUAGCGUCACUGAUCGAGACUCGGGCGCAAACAAGCAGGUGAGCUUGGAGAUCCCAGCAGGCCUUCCUUUCAGGAUCAAGUCAUUCAGAAAUUACUACACCCUGGUUACCUCAGCCUUCCUGGACCGUGAGACCACCAAUGCCUACAACGUCACUCUGAGUGCUACAGACAGAGGAAACCCUCCCCUUUCCUCCCAGAAGACCAUACAGGUGGACGUGGCUGAUGUUAAUGACAACCCGCCACGAUUUGAGCAGACUUCGUAUACCGUCUAUGUGACUGAGAACAAUGCCCACGGCGCCUCUUUGUGUACCGUGAAAGCUCAAGACGCAGAUAUCAAAGAGAAUGCGCGCAUCACCUACACAGUGCUCAACGACAACAACCAUGGCAUCCCUGUCACCUCGUAUGUGUCUGUGAAGGCCGACACAGGGGAGGCGUAUGCUCUGCAAGCCUUCGACUACGAGUCACUGAGAGAGUUUCACUUCCAGGUCAAAGCCCAAGACGGGGGCAUUCCUCCCCUCAGCCGCGUUGCCACUGUCUACAUCUACAUAAUGGAUCAGAAUGACCACGCACCACUGAUACUCAACCCUCCUGGCAACGGCACGCGCUCCUUGGAAACGGUGCAGAAGAACGCCGAGCCCGGCGCCAUGGUGACCAAAGUGGUGGCUUACGAUGCAGACGCUGGUCCGAAUGCCUGGCUGGUGUACGUGCUGGAGACGGCCACUGACCUGGACCUGUUCAAGGUGCACGAGCACACCGGCGAGAUCAGGACCACUCGGAGGAUCCUGGAGGACAACUCCACCUCUUUUGCUCUCACCGUUUUAGUGAAGGACCAUGGGCAGCCAAGUCUCUCCUCCACCGCCACCAUCAACGUUGCUGUCAUGGAGGUGCCGCCCAAAGUGGCUCCUGACCCCAAGAGGAUCAUCCGACCUCACAGCACGCUGCUCCUCUCCAACGUGACCCUCUACUUGAUCGUGGCUUUGAGCGCCACCACUUUUGUUUUCCUGGUCACCGUGGUGGUGCUGGCCAUCGUCCGCUGCCAUGCCUACUGCACCCAACCUGGGUCCUGCUCCCCGUGCUGCGUGUCACAGAAGCCCCCUCCAGAUGGCGGGAGCAGCAGCGUGAGUGGCGGAGGUGGCGUCGGCCCACCCGGGGCACAGCCUAAUAACAAUGUGAUGCUCCGGAGGGACCUUAAAGUGGAGCCUCACUACAUCGAAGUGCGUGGGAAUGGCUCCCUAACAAAGACGUACUGCUACAAGACCUGCCUGACGGCCACCUCUGGCAGUGACACCUUCAUGUUCUACAACACAGGGCGUCCCAUCAGUGGCACCUGGGGCAGCGGCGCCGACCGCUUCUUCACGAGUAACAGUGGAUUUGUACGCAGACUGAGCAUGCCCGACGCCUCCAUGCAACUCUGCCCAGAGCCGAAAGCCCCGAAUGCUGACUGGCGAUAUUCUGCAUCUUUGAGGGCAGGGAUGCAGAGUUCGGUCCACAUGGAGGAGUCCUCUGUGAUGCAAGGAGCCCAGGGGAUGCUGGUCCAGAACUGGCCUACCGUGUCCAGCGCUGCAGAUGGAGAUGGAGGGGAACUUUCACCCCCGGUGGGCGCUGGAGUCGACAGCAACAGCUGGCACUUCAGAUACGGCGCCUCGGGACAGGGCUACUGCACUCCUCAGCCCCUGAAGCCUGGAGAGAUCCCUCCUGGAGCCUUCAUCAUCCCCGGAUCCCCAGCCAUCAUUUCUAUUCGCCAUGACGCCGGCCCUGUGGACGACAAGGGUGACUUCAUAAGCUUCGGCAAGAAGGAGGAGGCCAAGAAGAAGAAGAAGAAGAAGAAGGACAAGAAAGACAAGAAGGAUAAAGGAAAGGAGGAUGACGGUGGGGAUGAUUAGAGGAGAAUGGGUGACUUGAAAACAGAGCUACCAACAAACUACCAUUUCAAUUACAGAGCCAGAAAAAACAAAAAGCCAAUUGCAUAUUGUAGAACCGAGGGAGCCUCCUUGCACCAUACUUCCAUUGACAUUGUACAGUGGCCCACCCCUCAUUAGACGAGGCCUGGCUCCCCCGCACUUGCAAUACAAAUGUUUCUAUUUCUUGGCUCAUUUGGCCCGUAACUUCCCCGCCUAUAAAAGGUAAACAAAUGCUCCUAGUUGACAGACUUCAUCUAAACGUUGGACCAAAUUAAAACAGAGGGUUUUAUUGGACACAAUUUGCCUUUCUGCAAUUUGCUGACCCCCCCCCCUCUCCCAGUUUGUAUUAUGGAAACAAAAACACCUGAGAAGGUGUACUAUUUGUAUAUGACCAUUGUCAGCUGAGGCUGCCUGUGUUGGCAUUUCUGUCUUUAUGCAGCCCACCCAUCCUUUUUGGCUUUAAGUGGAAGCCAAAGUCAAUACAAUGAAACCGAGGCUUUUGUCUUCAGUAUUAUGGAGGCCUUGUAGAAAUUCAGAAAAUGUGGUCUUUUGAAAAAAAAAAAACAUUUUUAAAAAAGGAAAAAGGUCACAGCCUACAGUAUAUGUACCAUGAAAUUGCCACCUUUUAAGAGAAAGGUGGCUGAGAAAGGACCUCAUUCAAAUAAAGAGCUCUGUUUCAGUGUACUAUAGCACAUCGCUGAGGCGGAGGACCUGGACUGGGUUGUACCAACUAUGCGCAAGUUUAUUCCCAGGUUAAUGUAUAAAGAAGUGGCUUCAUAACUGCUAGUUCAUUUGCAAUUAGCAAAUGACUAAAUGUUACUGUACCAUGGGUGGCAAGGGGGGAUUUCUACGUCUGUAACUAGUUAUUUCAGAAGAGUAGCGAGUUAGCGAAAGCAUUAUUUUGCUGAUGGAUAUCUCUCACAUGGAUUUGUAGGUGAUCAGAUUGGCUUAGAAAUUUGAAUUGGUAAAUAGAAUCCAUAUUUGACUCUUAAAGGUCAAUUCUAAUGUAUGCAUGUUUAAGUUCAUUCUCUACAAAUAUACAAAGGAUACUUUAGGUCACUGCUAAUAUUUUCCAAAUCAGAUCCUUGUCUUGAGAGCUCAAACUAAUUUGCAGAGACGUUUUCACAUAAAGAAAUCCAGCAGUCUUAUUGUUGUUAAAGUGAUACUUUCUAUCACAAUCUGAUUUGUAGUUGUCCUUGACAACUGCACUGCAAUAUCACAAUUGCGUAACUGGGUUUGAGUUUAAGACAGAUGUGAUGAAUUAUGUAGAACAAACUAAUCUCAAAAUGUUGAUUUGUACGUUGUGUGUUGUAUGUAAUUGAAACAGAUUCAGCUUGAAAGAAGACACAAAUUGGAAAAUGGUGAUGUGUGAUUUGUAGAAAAUGGGCAGAAACAUCCCAAAUAAUCGAUAUAGUCCUUUAGGUUGCAAAAUGGCAUGGAACUACUCAAGAAGAAGUAAAAAACACGCUGUGUUUUAAAAAAAAGAAGAAGAAGAAGAAAAAAAAGAAAUCCUGCUUUACUGUUAGUGAGUGUGACUUUGUAUCAUUUGCACCUGUUUUAUUGCUUGCUUAAGUAUUUAGUUGUUACUUAAGGUUGCGUUGUAACAGAUUUGUGUGGUGCUACCGCUUGUGUUUUAGCAAUGCGUGAAUCGGGAUUAGUGGCGGUCUGGGAUAUAACUGGGGAGCUGAUGCAACCUGACCUUGCCUCUUCUCUUGGAAUAUAGCACAGGUCAACAGGGUCUUAAUCCCUCUUUGAUCAGCAGACCCAGUCUGACACAUGUAUUAUUGUGUAUACAAACACUGACUCUCUCUCUGCCUCUUAUUCACACACACACACAGACGAACAGAAAAUAAAACAUAAAGAUAAAUGAAACAAAUACACGCCCCUUUCGGAAAACUGAAUAUGGGAGUGUAUUAUUUGGCCGGGACACAGGAAUGUUGCUCGUUGCUUCAUUUCUGUUCAAGCCUGAUCGCUCUGCUUCUGUCUUUGAAUGUUAAGUAGUUGUUCUUCCACCACUGCCUCGACUGCUUCAGUGCUUGUAGGAUGUGCUUGCCCUCUACUCCCGUUUCUUCAGAUCAACAUGGUCGGACAACAUAUUUUAUGUCACUCUCCUGCAAUGAACUGUGCCGUCGUAACGUGGUGACAUUCGUGUCUUUGCAUAUUUACACAGAGAAGACACACAGACACACAUACACACACGCAUAUACCGUAUACACACACAGCGCACGGCAUCUAUUCGUGCUUAACUUCCACUGAGGCGCUUCAGCCAGAGUGUCUCCUCCGAUUCCUCAUUUCCAAUUCCUCAUUCUCGAGAGCUCGGCCGACUCUCGAGUGUUGCAUCUUAAGGACCUCUGACAAGUUAGCAUAAAUCUUUUUUGUGCUGUAGUGGAGAAAAUUAAAGGAGACGGAUGGGCCAAAGAGAAGUCAUUGAGGUGUAUUGUGCAGCUACCAAUGAAAGAAGAGGAAGAACAGCUUAGUUGGGCAGGUCAUUAGUCUUUUGACUGAGCAGAGGUGUUCCCGUGUCAGCCAUUAGUGGUGACUGAUCAACUUGGGUCGGCUAAAACCACUUACAAAAAAAGUGCAGGGCCGUUAAGCAGCAGAGAAAGCAGGUUGACUUGGGGUUGGCUUUGAUUGGUGGGGGAGGGUCCACCUAGGGAUUAAUUAAAGUAACGUUAACCGCAAACAAAGAUCAACACAAGUCAAUAAUCCUAGCUUGCAAUACCUUUUAAACUAGACAAUGUUGGGCUUAAUUGCUGCACAGAAACAUCAUAAAUAAUCCUGCAGGGGAGAAAUGUCCAGAUUGCUGUGGCCCACGUGUGACGUGUGAAAUGAUCAGCUGUAUUUGGCCUUGGCAUUGUGAAGCCCGUGGCGAAGCGGGGUAGAGAAACAGCAUCUCGAGCAGUAGAUAUUGAAACGGCAUCAUCGUGAUGCAAAGUGUCAUGACCUGUCACCUCGGUGUUCCUUUUUUGUGUCAGACCAUCCUCUGACCAGCUACAGUAGGGUUAUAUCGGUGCUGCUAUCGGGCUCCAUCCAUGCCACGCACACGUGUGUUUGCCCCCGCCCUGUCCUUCAGGUGUACUUCUGUGCUCUCAGAUCACCAAGUGGCUGUUUGCAUGUUAUAAGCAAAGGAAACAGAUACUAUAUAGAUAUUAUAUAUACAUAGAUAUGUUUUUCCACUGAGAAAUGCGGAUCGGAUUACAUAUACAUCUGAUACACGCUAUCAAAGACAAUACGCACACAUUGAAAGUUCCACACUCAUACAGACAUGCAUACAUAUACGCUACUGCGAACAGUCAUUUGUGGAAAAACCGAAAAGAAUCAAAUUUUUUAUCCUGUUAAAAAAGUGUAAUCUUCUAGAUAUACAUAAUGAUAUUGUGUUAUGCGAUGAGAUGCUUUUUCAGUUUUUUACCCUUAUGAUUUUCAUAGAUAAGAAAAAAAUCCAUAAAAUUCUGUUAAUCUUUGAAAUGAUGAUCAAACAAACACUAUUGUGAAAUAAAAUCAUUUACUCACCCUCCAUAUCUAUAUCCCGUGAAGAAGAAGAAAAAAAACGGAAAAAGAAAAAAAAUCUAAAUAGAUAGAAUGGUAUAAAAAAUGAAGUUGAUGUAUUCUCUGCUUGUGUAAAGUGAAUGUUCCUCAGUCGAUGGGCGUGGCAGUGAGUGGCACAUACCAGUCGACUGUGACAGUGCAGAUCUGUUAAUAACUUUUGUUGUACACCUGCUUAUCAUUGUAAAGGUGACCAUAGUGAUUAUUAUGAUUUCAUCAAUCUGGUAAUGUGUUUUGUUAAUAAGUCACAAAUAAAGUUUUUAUUAAAUAUCUUAA